AUGAAAGAAAAUCCUCUGUUUCGUGUGCUCCACAGAGUUGCUUUCAUCCUUCAGAGGGAUGUUACUUUGCGACGUAAUCGCCUGUACGAGCUUGCUUUCGAGCUGUUCAUUGCUAAACCAUGUGCCUUAGGCCUUAAAGUCCAAGCCAACGGACCACAGAAAGCUCAACCUAAUGCUAUCCUGGAAAAAGUUUUCACAGCUAUUACAAAGCAUCCAGAUGAGAAGAGGCUAGAGGGCCUCUCCAAGCAGCUGGACUGGGAUGUACGCAGCAUUCAACGUUGGUUUCGGCAAAGGCGCAACCAGGAAAAGCCCAGCACUCUGACGAAGUUCUGCGAGAGCAUGUGGAGAUUUACAUUUUACCUUUAUAUAUUUACCUAUGGAGUACGGUUCCUGAAAAAGACACCUUGGCUCUGGAAUACCAAACAGUGCUGGAACGGGUAUCCAUAUCAGCCACUGAUGCCUGACCUUCAUUAUUACUACAUAGUUGAAUUGUCAUUCUACUGGUCCUUAAUGUUUUCUCAAUUCAUUGACAUCAAAAGAAAGGAUUUUGGCAUCAUGUUUACACAUCAUAUUGUAACAGUCACCCUGAUAACCUUCUCAUAUGUGACCAAUUUGACACGAGUGGGAACCUUGACCUUAUGUCUCCAUGAUGCGGCUGACGUUGUCCUAGAGGCUGCCAAAAUGGCAAACUAUUGCAAGUGUCAAAAACUGAGUGACCUUCUGUUCCUUACAUUUGCCAUUGUCUUCAUUGUCAGUAGGCUUGGCAUAUAUCCGUUAUGGAUAUUAAACACAACAUUGUUUGAACUGUAUGAAGCUCUUGGCAAUUUUCCUGCCUUAUGGGUCUUCAACGUGCUGCUUGUGAUUCUUCAAAUUCUGCACUGUUUUUGGUCCUACCUAAUCAUAAAAGCAGCCUACAAAGCUAUUUCAAAGGGCAAGGCUGGGAAGUGGAACCCCUUGCAUGUAGCAAAGGAUGCCCGAAGUGACAUUGAGUCAAGCUCAGAUGAGGAAGAAACAGUACCUCGUUCAAAGACCCCACACAGCACUGUCACCACCAAUGGGACCAGCGGUGCCAAUGGGACAAACGGGUAUCUUACCGGUGGACCUUGCUCAGAGGAGCAUUAA